UCCAGAUCAUCUCCCAACACUGAAGCAUCAUGGAGUCCAGAGCAUCUCUCUCCAUUCUAGCCUUGCUGAUUGGCUUCACGCAAGCCCUCUAUCUCAACCAACCUGAGCACGUUGAUAUCACGUCAAGGAUUCUCACUAUCAACAACGGAUCCAGCAAAGAGUUGUUGGAGGGAGACAUACUCUUGCCAAGAACCAGGAAUGCUCUGGUCUGCCGUGACAACAGCUGCUUUUGGAAGAAGUCCUCAAAUGGCCUGGUGCAGGUGCCUUACGUAUUGAGCAAUGUUUUCUCUUCCUCUGACAGGACUGUUAUUACCAAUGCCAUGGCUUCCUUCCACAACAAAACCUGCAUCCGUUUCAUUCCCAGGACAAAUCAACCUGAUUACCUCAGCAUAGAGAGUCAAGAUGGAUGCUUCUCCGAUGUGGGCAGAUCGGGUGGCGCUCAGGUGCUCUCUCUUAGCAGGUCGGGUUGUGUUUACUACGGCAUCGCCGAGCACGAGCUAAACCAUGCACUUGGUUUCUACCACGAGCAUUCUAGGAGUGAUCGCGACAGCUACGUGACCAUCAACUGGGAAAACAUCGACCCAUCAUCAAAGUCUAGUUUUAAGCUGAGGAACACCAACAACCUCAACACGACGUACGACUACUCUUCUGUGAUGCACUAUGGAAGAACAGCUUUCUCCAUCAACGGUCUGGACACCAUCACUCCCAUUCCUGAUCCGUCAGUGGAGAUCGGACAGAGAACGGAACUGUCUGCCAUCGACAUCCUGAGGAUCAACAAGCUCUACAAAUGCUGA